AUGGCAAAGACGUUGGGCAGCAAAAAUAAAAAACCCGAAAGUGACGAGGUGACCCACGUGGAGAAAAAGUCAAAGAAAAAGAGCAAGGCUGUUGAGCAAAAUGAUGAAGAGCAAGUGGUUGAAAGCAAAGUUAAGCAGAAGAGGAAAAAGAAUAAGGAGGAGCCCGUCGAAGAAGUUCCGGUGAAAAAAGCUAAAACUGAUGAAGAAAGCAUUGAGGAUGUAGAUGAAGAUGUAGCGGAAUUACAUGAAGAAGGCAAGAUAAGAAAAAUAAUAAAAAAGUCUGGGGAAAAAGGUCCUUCGAAGAGAGAGCUGAAAAGGAAACGAUUGGAAGAGAAAAAUGCCCAGAUAAAAUUGGCUAGCAAACAAGAAGCUAUGGAUAAAGCUUUAAAUUAUGUUUCUAUGUGGAAACACGCAAAAAGCCAAUGGAAGUUUGAGAAACUCAAGCAAAUUUGGCUGAUGGACAAUUUACUGGACCAAGAAUGUGUUCCUGACUCUGUUUUCCCGACAGUUCUUGAAUAUUUUGAAGGCUGCAAAGGCAUGGCUCGUGAAACUCUGUACAAGAAAGGCGUCGAAGUGAUUAAAAAAUACGAGCAGAAUCAAGAAAAAGAAGAUGAGACUGACGAAGUAGUUGAAACUGUGGAAUACAAACGCGCUAGAGAACUUUUGCAAGCUUUACCGACAGAAAGUUAA